AUGCAAGGGAUGCAGAUGCCCGUCUCACUCUGCAUAGCCUAUGCCAUACUUUAUUCCGUAGGGCGACGUGCUUUCAGCUCCGGGAGUUCAGCGGGCGGUGCGUAUGCGCAGCAGACUUCCGACGUGCUGUUUGAUUUACACACCAAUUUCGGCUUAGGAGGAACGACACGCCUUGGUCACGAUAAUGGCGGGCUUACUGGCACGUCGCGGCCUCUUUGCGAGAUCCCGCUGAACGCACAGCCGGUUGUGGUAAGGCAUAGGCUACUCUGA